AUGACUACAAAAAUGAGAACGAGAACGAAAACGAGAACGAGAAUGAGAACGAGAAUGAGAAUGAGAACGAGAACAAGAACGGACAAUUCGUGCGUUCCGAAAAUUAUUAAGCGAAAUGUAGAAUUAAAAGCACUAGUUGAAAAGCCGCAGAUCGACAACAACAUAAUAAAUUAUUUUAAAGAUAUUAGAGGCGAAUUCCCCUUCUAUCAAAAAAAAAAGGAUUGCCCUGUUUACUUUGACAGCGCGGCAACUACACACAAGCCCUCCUGCGUAAUUCGGAAAAUAGAGCACUUUUACUCAAGCGAGAAUUCCAACAUCCACCGUGGCAUUUACAAACUCAGCCGCGAAGCAACGAACAGCUACGAGCAUGUGCGAAAAAUAGUAAAGGAUUACAUCAAUUGUGAUAGCGCACAAGAAAUAGUGUUCACCAAUGGUGCAACAUAUGGACUGAAUUUAGUGUGUAACAUGCUUAUGGAUAAAGUUAUAAUGGAAAUUGAAGACGAAAUUUAUAUAAGCUAUUUAGAGCAUCACUCAAAUAUUAUUCCAUGGCAAGAAGAAAUAAAAAAAAGAAAAAAAGGAAAAUUAAAAUAUAUACCUUUAAAAACAAGUGGAUAUGUUAAUAUAAAAAAGAUGGAAAAAAUUGUAAGUAGUAAAAUGAAAGUAGUAUCAAUAAGUCAUGUUUCCAAUGUAUUAGGCAAUAUACAAAAUGUUAGCAGACUUAUAAAAAAAAUAAAAAAAAAAAAUCCUAAUAUUAUCGUAAUAAUUGAUGCAUCUCAAAGUUUUGCACAUUUAAAAUAUGAUAUAAAAAAAAUGAUACAAAAUAAGUGCAAUCCUGAUAUAUUAAUUGCAUCAGGCCAUAAAUUUUGCGCAUCAUUAGGUAGCGGUUUUAUUUAUAUAAAAAAAUCCUUAACAUGUUCAUAUAAAUUUAAGCCACUCUUAUAUGGAAGUAAUAUAAUAACACAAGUGAAAAAAUAUAAAUCAAAAUUUGUCUCUUCCCCUCAACUUUUUGAAACUGGCACACAAAACAUUGCUGCCAUUUUGUCUAUGGGUGUUUCUCUUCUAUUUUUGAAAAAAAUUCAAAAAAAUUAUUCUUAUAUAUAUGAAAUGUAUUUGUACGAUUUGCUCAUUUACUACUUGAAUAAAUUCCUUAAAGAUAAAUUAAUACAACUCCCGUGGACAGUUCAAUCUUCUCUCAAUUGCAAUCAUAACACAGAUUAUACUAACCACAGCAUAGGAAAACCACAUGACCAUCAUGUUAAGGAACAAGUAGAAAAAAAUUCCAAUCCAUCUUCACUUGAUUUCAAGAUUUACAUUCAUAACAGUAGAAAGGUACGACGAAAAAAAAUUGGAAUACUACCUCUAUGGUCUGACAGUUUUUCCUCCUUCGAUUUAGUUACAUUUCUAGAUUUUAAAAAUAUAUGUAUAAGGUCAGGACACCACUGUGCAUCCUUAUUACAUCAUUACUUUUUAAAAAUACCUGAAAGCUCAAGGAUAUCCAUUUUUUUUUAUAACACACCAGAGGAAGUACAUUACUUAGCUGAGCAGAUUGCUGCAGUAGCACUCAUGCUCAAUGAAUUAAAAAGGUAA